AGCCCGCGCGGUGGCCGCUCCCGCAGCCGCGGCUGCCGCCACUGCCUGGAGCUCCAUGGGCCUCUCCUUCGCGCCGCCCCGUGUGAGGCCGAGUCCGGCAAGCCGUGGCGCCCGGUGCCCGAGCCAUCGCGGACGCUGGAGGCUGGGCCCCGGGGCAACAGCAGGCGGCGCGGGACUACGAGCUGCCUCCAGAUUGACGAUGCCAGUAUGGACAGAAUAGCUUAUGAUGCUUAUCCCCACUCAUCACUUCCGAGACAUUGAACGGAAACCAGAAUACCUCCAGCCAGAGAAGUGUGCCCCACCUCCCUUCCCUGGCCCCGUGGGAACCAUGUGGUUUAUCCGCGAUGGCUGUGGCAUCGCCUGUGCCAUUGUCACCUGGUUUCUGGUCCUCUAUGCAGAGUUUGUAGUCCUCUUUGUCAUGCUGAUUCCAUCCCGAGACUACGCAUACAGUAUCAUCAACGGAAUUGUGUUCAACCUGCUGGCCUUCUUGGCUCUGGCCUCCCACUGCCGGGCCAUGCUGACGGACCCCGGGGCAGUGCCCAAAGGAAAUGCCACUAAAGAGUUCAUCGAGAGCCUUCAGCUGAAGCCUGGGCAGGUGGUGUACAAGUGUCCCAAGUGCUGCAGCAUCAAGCCCGACCGGGCACACCACUGCAGUGUUUGUAAGCGGUGCAUUCGCAAGAUGGACCACCACUGUCCUUGGGUCAACAACUGUGUCGGCGAGAACAACCAGAAGUACUUUGUCCUGUUCACAAUGUACAUAGCUCUCAUUUCCUUGCACGCCCUCAUCAUGGUGGGAUUCCACUUCCUGCAUUGCUUUGAAGAAGACUGGACAAAGUGCAGCUCCUUCUCACCGCCCACCACUGUUAUCCUGCUCAUCCUGCUGUGUUUUGAGGCCCUGCUCUUCCUCAUUUUCACAUCAGUGAUGUUUGGGACCCAAGUGCACUCCAUCUGCACAGAUGAGACGGGAAUAGAACAAUUGAAAAAGGAAGAGAGAAGAUGGGCUAAAAAAACAAAGUGGAUGAACAUGAAAGCCGUUUUUGGCCACCCUUUCUCUUUAGGCUGGGCCAGCCCCUUUGCCACACCAGACCAAGGGAAGGCAGACCCGUACCAGUAUGUGGUCUGAAGGACCUUGACCAGCAUUGCCACUCAGACCACAUCACAGCACUCCCAUCCGCUCUCGGGAAUGUUUAGGCCAAAACUCUUAAAACUUUUUUAUGUCUUCAGAAAAAUGGCUGAGCAUUGCAGAGAAAAAAAAAAGUCCUCAUGUUUUAUUUUUUAAGAAAAAAAAAUCAUUCUUUCAAUUUUUUGAUGACUGAAGCUGCUCUUUUUCCUUUUAAAAUCACUUCUCUGGCCUCUGUUUCCUCUCUGCUGUCUGUCAGCAUGACUAACGUCGAGGGUGCUGCCCAGGCCUUGCCCCUUCUACUAAUUGAAUGCCCCCUGAUGCUGUGCGUGGAUGAACUGGCCCAGUAGGAAAGCCAAGAGGGCCCUGACCUCCUCCUGCCCACAGGGCAGCACUGGCGUCCACAGGACUCAGAACCUCAUGAAGAUGAUGCUAACCCCUUGAGGCCUAAGGAUGGAAAAAUUGGGGCUGAAGCCGUCAUAAGGGUCCUUGGCGCAGUGGUCUCCUGCACUAGUGGACAGUUUGCCUCAGUCUCAGAUAUCAGUUGUCAGCCUUGUAGUUGAUGGGCAUGGGUGUAAAGAAUGGUGUGGGGGAGGGGAGAGGUAAAGGGGCCUUUGUAUUCUGAAUCAGCAAUUAUGUCACUCUGGCUUUUUGGGAAGACUACGAAAGAGAUGUUUCCCAGUUCAAAAUGCCUUAUACAAUCACAAGAGGAAAAACAAUUUCAGGCAAGCUACAACUACUUCCUACCCCAGUUUCUGCCCUUUCCCAGCAAGAUUUCAGUCAUUGGGAGGGAAACAGACUUGCCACCUGUCAGGAUCAUCUCAUUCUUAACUAUGUCAUGGGCAUAUACUUUCUAGAGUUAAGUCCUCCAGAUGUGCACAGACCUGUCUUACAUUUGUUUAGCCCGGGAAGUGGUUGUAGAUGUUAGGUAACACUCUUAGAGUUGCCAGGUAGCCCCUACUCACCUGCUUCUCAGCCUGCCACACAGAUGAGCUUUCCCAUCAGUAGGCACUGCCUAAGCAAAGUCACACAGGGAAGAGCUGGUCUCGAGCUGGGGAAGGACCAGAGGGUGUAGGAGAUGCUGAGAGAAGACCAUUCUUGAACCCUACAGCCAUGUGGAACCUGAGCACCAUGAAGUCCCCCACACCAGUGGGUUUAAAAGCAAUCACCACAAAACUCCUUUUUAGCUUUUGCUUGGGGUGGGGGUGGGGAUGAGGUUUUCACUCUAGUUGUGGGCAGGAAGAAAGUUAAUGUAGCCCUGUGGUUAUUUUUCACAAGUCGGUGGGACACUCUGCCUCUUCCCAACUCUGUCAGUGCUUCCACAUGGGAACAAUGCAAUAAACCUUUUCCAAACCUGCCUCUGCUCUGCUCUCUCCCCAUGGCCUGUGCAGAAGGGCAGGUGGUGGCAGGCUGCAGGGUGAGGGAGUUUAGUUUUAUUCUUAAAGGCCAAGGAUGGCCUUUCUGCAGGCACAGUGCUCUGCAUGUGUUGGUGGGGAGGAUGCUCUAUGGCUCCAAGAGGUCAAUCUUUCUGGAGUCUAGGCCCAGAGCCUGCCCAGCAGCGAGCAGAAGCUGUGCCAACAGAAAGUGCCUAGCGUCCAUACCCACAGUGCUGGGUGCUACUCUUGGGGUUCUUGGUGAUGGUAUCUAGUGAUGACAGUUGAGGCAACCCUGAGGAAUUGGUCACCUCCCCUACCUCAGUAGGCUUUGACUUGUCUCUGUGUGCUGUUUAGGCUGAGAUUCUGGGUGUGUGCAUGUACACAUAACUUUUUUUUUAAAGAUUUUUAUUUAUUAUAUGUAAGUAAACUGUAGCUGUCUUCAGACACACCAGAAGAGGGCAUCAGAUCUCAUUACAGAUGGUUGUGAGCCACCAUGUGGUUGCUGGGAUUUGAACUCAGAACCUCUGGAUGAGCAGUCAGUGCUCUUAACCACUGAGCCAUCUCUCCAGCCCUACACAUAACUAUAUAUUGACAUAUGUAGGUGAUUUUAGAUCAAGAUCAUAGCAUUUGUUCUCCAGGUGCCUUUGAAACUUUAUUUACAGAUCUCUUGGCAUAUAUGAAAGAGGUGUGACCUGUUCCAGGUUCAGCAGGUCAGAAGGGUCUAGCCUUGCUUGAAUACUCAGGAUAGACCUUCUGUGUCAAUGGGCAGCUACACUGGAGCUAUAGGUUCUGUUGUCAUUCUCUCUUACACAUGCACGCACACACACACACACACACACACACACACUUCCCCCCCCCCCCCCUCAAGACUGGAACUCAGGAAUAGCCUUUAAGGGCAUUUUGUGAAUGACUCAUAGCUUUACCCUUGGAGUUUCUAAGGAAUGCAGUAGAUGACACUGCGGGAAUCUGAACCCUGAGAUUAAAGUUCACACUCUAAACAGGCAUGCGCCCAGCUUACUGCCCAGGUCCCAUGUGAGUCUCCCUCUGCAUUAUUACAAGACAAAGGCCACAAAGUGAAUGUCCUUAAUGCCCACACUGCUUCAAAAGGGACCGAAGACAGGACUACCCCCAGAGUGGCCUGUGUGUCCCAUUUCAAUUUCUCUGAAGCCUGGAGUGCUUUUCUGACAGCACAGUGACCAAGGCUGUGUGUCAACAAGUUACUCUGCCCUGAGUCUUUCCAUCUGUUAAGAUGGAGUGAAAGGUUUUUCUCUGUGGCCUUACUGGAAAGUGAGCCUUUGUAGCCCAUCUUCCAGAAUGGUGACUAGAUAAUAGGAGUGAAGAAGACAUGGCCAGUGGGCUGGGUAAUCCCACGUACUUGUCCAUUUCAUCAUGUCAUAUCCACAUAUUGGCAUGAGCUCAGUGACAUGUACACAGAAAUGUGUGCCCAGCCUCUCCUCACUUGGACCUUACAAGACUUCCAGGGUUAAAGGGUAGCUAGUCCUUGCUCAUUCUGGCUCAACCACUUUGCAUCCUGAGGAGAAAAAUCUUCCAAAUAAGGCAAACAACUAAGUGCUUAUUAAGGAAUACCCAUGCAAGACUGGCAUCACAGACACCCCACUCCAGGAGGAUGGGCUUGAACGUGACUAAGAAGCUCUCAACUUGUCUUCUUUCAAAACGAAGUGCACCUGUUCCAAAGGGCGAACUAACCAAGGUAGUUCCAGCAAGAAAGGAGAGCCAAUGCUUUUCUGCAUAGCCAGUGCUUUUCUGCAUAGGAUGUGCAAAGGAUCAAGCUCAGGGCCUCAAUCUACAGGGAUGGGGCUGCAGCUUAGACCUGCUGCAGGUGGUGGUGAGUGCAGCAGCCUAGUUGCUGGAAGGUAGUAUCCGAGGCCAGCAUGCUCCUAACAUGAGCAUGAGCUGUUAACCCCUUCUACUCAGUUAUCCGUGCCUCUCCCACCUGAAAUAUAUUAAACAGCCUCUAAUGACCUUUAAACAUGUCAUUUGAACUUGUCUUGACCAAUGGCACCUUUACUGAUGAGCCAGCAAGACAAGGGUAGAACGGAGAACCAACCUUCCUGUGAGGAGCAUCCAGUGAGUUCUCCAGACCCAGUGUUUGAGCAACUCAACCACAGGCAGUGUUCUGGUAUUCAUUUUCCACUGUAGCUUCCCUCACAGUGCUGGUUCUUUAUCUGAAGCCAAGCGUGGAGGUGCACAUGUUACAGACCCAGUGAGUUCAGAAGUAGAGGCAAAAGGGUCAGGUCAAGGUCAUCCAUUGCCAUAUGGAGAGCUCAGGAUUAACCCGUGGUACAAGCGACCCUAUCUCAAAAAACAAAGACUCCAUAAAGAGCCAGGUAAGUGUGUCUGUAGCCCCAACACUCAGGGAGUUAGGGCUAGAAUAUGGCUUGAGUCCAGGAGUUCAAGACCAGCUAGGCAGCACAGUGAAGACCUUAUUUCAAAAAGAGAAAAGGAAAGAAGCCACUGGGCAGCACGUUCUCUCAAAUCUGAGCCUUCGUCUGCUUUCUCCCUCCACUGCCCUCUCAUGGACAAAGAAAAACAGAGGAAUGAUGACCCGUACUUCCAGGAUGACUUGCUAGAAACCCUCUGGGGGAAAGGUGCCACCAACAGCUCUCCUGUGGAGUAAAGAAUAUCUGGAAUUCAUCUGGGAUGAACCUCAGUGUGUGUUCCAACCCCUGCUUGUCUAUUUAACUGCCAAAGUAUGACCUUGGACAGGCUCCCUAAGCUUUAGUUGGUGUCUGUAAAACAUAUGAUCACCCACUCUCAUGGUUUCUGUAAGCACUGGAUAAAAAUGGAAGGUAGAGUGGUGCGGACUUUGGUUUUUGUAUGUAACAGCUGCACAGGAGAUGCAGUUUUCCAGUCUGAGUCACCAGUGCCUCUGCCCCGAGUCCUGGGGUUAAACACAUGUACCACCAUGCCCAGCAAAAAAACUUUUUUUAAAAAUACAUUACCUGCUGAAUACUUCCAAGUAUUUUGGUUGUGAGUACGUGUAUGUUCUGGGUUGCAAUAGGAAGAUGUUUGAUGCUGUGGGCUGCAGUAGAAGGGUGAGAAGCUGCUGCUGAGGAGAGCUGGUAUCUGGCCAGCUGUACAGAGCUUGCUGUGGGGAUGCUGGCCAACUCAUCUGCUGGCGUUGGGGUUCUAUUCCAGGACUCUCACAAGCCCUGAGCCCACGCUUGGGGACUCUGCUGCCCUUGUGAGUCUUAGGCCUCACUCAUUCAUGCUGGGGUGUCGGUGAAGGUUCACAAGUCAGACUCCACUGGACAUUCAGGUGAGGCCAAAGCCUGCUCACUGAGUCACGGCUCACUGAGUGGACCUCAGGCUGCAGAGUUGCCUUCCGGACACCUUUAAGUCUACAACUCUUAGAAAAAGAAGCCCCUGGGUCUGUUUUAUGAAACAGUUUACUUAGAAUAUUUUCUUUCCAUGCUCAAAGCUGAUACUCCUGAGUCUAUGUAUGUAGCUGCUAAGGAAUGUCAGCACACAGGCCAGUUGAUCCUAACUCACCACUUUACAGCGCUAAUCCUGGGCUUGCACUGCCCCUGCACCUGACUUUGAGACCCACAGAGUGAAGCUUCGUCAGAGAAUGAGGAAAACACCUGGUAGAGAGAGAAAAAGCACUUGUUUCAUUUCGGCAUAACCUCCCAACCGAGCUUGGGCUGCUGGCUCGGCCUCUCGGGACCUCAGUACUGAAACCUUUACAAGGUGUGUGUGUGUGUGUGUGUCAGGAUCUGUGUUCCUAGCUUUGAAGAAAUCCAAGGAAGUAUGGCAUACCCAGUCUGUCCCACUGUAAUGCCCCAGCCCUUGUUGAGUGACUGCAGAUGAUAACCAAACAGGAGAUGCAGGAUCCCUGCAAGUUAGUUACCUCUGUUGUCAUUGCUGCUAUAAGGUAUGGCCAGGGGCUGCAGAGGGCAUCGUGUGCCUGUGUGCAUGACUUGCAGGGGCUAAAACUCAGGUCUUACCUGAUUCUUGUUCUCAUUAAAAAAAAAAAAAAAAAAAAAAAAAAAGAACUAAUGCUCACUCCAAGGUGAAAACAUGAAACACAGAAAUAUACACCGUCUGCAAUGGUAAGAGCUCCGUGGGAGUGUCCUAUGCAAAAUGCUUCUCCCCAUGGUAGGACACAGGUGGCAGGAUGGCCCAGGGUCAUGCAAAACUGUCGCCAUGAUUUCUCGUUGCCACACUGUUGCAAUUUAUAGAACUAGUUACUUUGUCUGCCGUUGCUGCUCAUUCCAGUUCACAACUUUUCACUAUAACUUAGUGUCAAUUCUGUCUUGGGUUCUUUUGAUGUUUGAACUUCUCAUUGUGAAAUAAUUUCAGACUUAUAAAAACCAGCAAAAUUGUAUAUCUUCUGUAUGACAUUCAGUGUUACCAAAGAUAAACAUCUUAAAACAACAACAA